AUGAUAAAUAAUGUUGAAUCCUACGACUAUGUUGAUCCCAAUGAAAAAUGGACGGUCAUAGAUGAAACUACUCCAUCAUUUAAUAUGGAAUGUUUAAAAUCUAUUAAUUAUUAUCGAUCCAAACACAAUUCGAGACCAUUGAAGCUUGACGAAAAUCUAAUAAAUUUUGCGAAAAAGCGCUGUGAACAAGUAUCAAAAUUUGAGAAAAUCGAUGAUGGUCGUACUGAUGAUAUUAUUAGUAUCGGUGAAAAUCUUUUACGAUUAUAUGACAAAUCUAACUGUAGUUUUGUUAUUGGAUAUUGGUAUCGUCUAACGAAUUUCUAUGAUUAUGAGUCGAAUAAUCCUUUAGAAAAUCUGUCAGAUCAGCAAAAAAUACAGAUGAAACAAUUUACACAAUUAGUCUGGGAUUUUACUAAUCGAGUUGGAUGUGCUCAAUGCGACAGCGAUAAACCUCCUAGAGGUCGAAAUGUGGUUUGUGAGUUUACACCAGCUGGUAAUGUUAAUGGAUUGUUUAAAGCGAACGUAGCCAGACCACAUAAUUAA